GGCGGCGGGGAAGCGAUGCCCCCCAGGCCCGAGGAGCUGCAGCCAUGCAAUUCUCCAGCAUUUUGCAUCACUCCCUGUUUCUCCUGAGCAGUGAGUACCAGCGUUGGGGGGAGGGGGGAGAUGAUUAAUUGCAUGAAAGGGGCCCCCUCCCGAAGCGCAGAUGCAAUCACUGCAGCUCAAACAGAGGGGAAAGUUGGGGGGGGAUAAGGGAAUGACCUUCCCUUCCUCCCCUCUCCCCCUGCAAUGAGUUUGUUUGGAUAAAGGAUUCUCCUCCCCAGCCUUUGCCUGUGGCCUGCCUGCAUCUCACAGGUGAAGUGAACUUCUCUGGGCACUGACCAAGGCUCCUCUGGUUCCGCCUGUCCUGCUUUUUCCUUGUUUUCCCCUUUCCAUUCCUCUGCCAUUCCUCCAAGAAGUGGAAGUGCAGCUCCGACCGCCCACCCCAGCUCGUCAGCAUGAAGAGGUGCAAAUCGGAUGAGCUGCAGCAGCCUGAGGAGGACUGCGCUGGGGCUGAAGAUGCUCCCAACCUGGCUGCCAUGGAUGCCAAACCCGGGGAUUGUGCUUCCGCUCUGCCCGAUUCGGGCGCCGCUGCUCACCCAAACCCUGCUCCCCAUCCUGUUCUCCGGAGCAAGCCUCCCGAUUUAAAGAAAAUACAGCAGCUCUCAGAAGGCUCCAUGUUUGGCCAUGGCCUAAAGCACCUUUUCCACAGUCGCCGGCGGUCGCGGGAGCGGGAGCACCAGAACUCCCAGGACUCUCUGUCCCAGCACUACGGGAUGUCUGACCACGACUCCCCUGACGAGAAGGAACGUUCGCCCGAGAUGCACCGUGUCUCCUACGCCAUGUCCCUCCACGACCUCCCCGCACGCCCCACCGCCUUCAACAGGGUGCUGCAGCAGAUCCGCUCCCGCCCGUCCAUCAAGAGAGGGAGCAGCCUGCACAGCGGCAGCCGCCGGUCCAAAAGCAGCUCCCUUGACCCACAGAAAGGCAGCCCCCAUCUGGGCCGUAAGGCUCCCCAGGAUAGUAGCCUCACUGCCAUAUUGCAUCAGCACCAGGGACGGCCCAGAUCUUCCUCUGCCACGGACACUGCCAUUUUGCUGGCCGAAAGUGGGGCUGUGUACUUCCUCUCGGAGGAGUCAGAGUGCCUCGCCGACAAGCUGGACAAAGGGGACGUGAGCACACUUAGCCUGCCUUCCAACACCAGCCAUGGCGACGCUGACAUCUGCUUGGACGUUCCGGACGGCACCCCGGACCCGCACCGGACGAAAGCUGCCAUUGACCACCUGCACCAGAAGAUCCUCAAGAUCACCGAACAGAUCAAGAUUGAGCAGGAGGCUCGGGACGACAACGUCGCCGAGUACCUGAAGCUGGCCAACAAUGCUGACAAGCAGCAGGCCUCCCGCAUCAAGCAGGUCUUUGAGAAGAAGAACCAGAAGUCGGCCCAGACCAUCUCCCAGCUCCAUAAGAAGCUGGAGCACUACCACAAGAAGCUAAAGGAGAUCGAACAGAACGGGCUCUCCCGACAGCCCAAGGAUGUCUUCCGGGACAUGCACCAGGGCCUUAAGGACGUGGGGGCCAACGUCCGGUCCAGCAUCAGCGGCUUCGGAGGCGGGGUGGUAGAAGGCGUCAAGGGAAGCCUGUCGGGUUUGUCCCAGGUCACCCACACGGCUGUGGUUGCCAAGCCCCGGGAGUUCGCCAGCCUGAUCCGGAACAAGUUUGGCAGCGCCGACAACAUCGCCCACUUGAAGGACACUCUGGAUGACGGGCACCCCGAGGAGGCCUCGAGGACUCUGAGUGGCAGCGCCACCCUGGUGUCCAGCCCCAAAUACGGCAGUGACGACGAGUGCUCCAGCGCCACCUCGGGGUCGGCAGGGGGCAGCAACUCAGGGGCAGGGGCAGGGCCCGGUGGCUUGGGGAGCCCCAAGUCCAACACCCUGGACAGUCACCACAAUAACUUUGACACCAUCCUGGAGGAGCUGCGGGAGAUUAAGGACAGUCAGUCACACCUGGAGGACUCGAUGGAGGAUCUCAAGGCGCAACUGCAGAGGGACUAUACCUACAUGACACAGUGCUUGCAAGAGGAGCGGUACAGGUACGAGCGCCUGGAAGAGCAGCUGAAUGACCUGACCGAGCUCCACCAGAAUGAAAUGACCAACUUGAAGCAGGAGCUAGCCAGCAUGGAGGAGAAGGUGGCCUACCAGUCCUAUGAGAGGGCAAGGGACAUCCAGGAAGCGGUGGAGUCGUGCCUCACCCGCGUCACCAAGCUGGAGCUCCAGCAGCAGCAGCAGCAAGUGGUACAGCUGGAAGGGGUGGAGAACGCCAACGCCCGGGCCCUGCUGGGCAAGUUUAUCAACAUUAUCUUGGCCCUCAUGGCGGUACUGCUCGUCUUCGUCUCCACCGUCGCCAACUUCAUCACGCCCCUCAUGAAGACCCGCAUGCGCAUCCUCAGCACCGCCCUGCUGUUCCUCUUCCUCUUCCUCCUCUGGAAGCACUGGGACUCCAUCGCUUACUUCCUGGAGCACGUGUUGCUCCCCAGCUGAUUCCCUGGCCAGCUGCCAGCGCCCUAGGGCAGCUUUCCAUUUUCCUACUGAGAAAAGGGGAAAGGGUGGGUGGGGGAACUGGAGCCUUCCUUAAAACGUCUUCAUCCAUUCAGUUCAGUCUGGUUUCCCACCCCCUGCACCCAUUUGUAGUCAUAUCCUGCGUCCUCAUCGCAACUGGGAGCAUGAGCUGCUGAGCCCGGAUUGAUUACUCCUCCGGGACACCCUGGGGGAUGAGGAUGAGGAGAGCGAAGGAGAGUUUGGAAGAAGCCUGUAACUUCCAUGUUCUUGGUUGGUUUGUUAUUUUUAAUAUUAUCAUGACAGUCUCUGGGAAGGAGGCUUUCUUUACAUCCCAGCCACCCCUGGGACUGCAGUUUAAAAGCUUUGUAUCCAGAUCAGAGUUUGCCUUCAAACCCAGCCACUGGGAAACUUUCUCUAGAAAGGGGAGAGGUUUGUUUCUUAAAGACAAGGCUGGUGGAAAGCUCAGACCUGGGAUGCAAUAAAGAAAUCGACAGCAAAAGGAGGGAGCAGAGCUCAAGGUGAAUAUUCUAAUGUCUCUGCUCCCGGGAGAGCUUGCGUAUUUGAUGAAGCAGAAUGUACACAUCACACCAGCUUCUCCAAACCACACGCAUGUUCACUCUCAUUGUUACUGACUGGCUGACAAGCCCAACACAGAAUUGGGGGUUGCUAUGAUGGCUUCCUUUGCACAGCUGAUCAUUGGCUUGUGGCCGGCAGAUACCAGUUCUGGUUCUGAUCAGAAAACACGCACACUUCUGGCACAGAUGAAACACUUGGGUUGUCUUUUGUUAUUUUUUUCCCUCCUGUGGCUUUCAUUGCAUUUCUUCAGGGACAUGUGGACCUUCCAACAUCACCCCCACGAAAUUGAGUCUGCCCAAAGUGUCGCGUGUGUGUUUUAAUUUAUUUCAAGGUUCUGUUUCCAUUUGUGAAUCAAGCGUUGGGGCAAAACGCAGCUGCUUUCACAGCCUCCAGGUCUCUAAAGAUGACAGAGCAUGUUGUCUUGAAAGUUUCUUGAAUGAUUUAAUAUAUGAGUGGGGAUAUAGAUAUAUACACACACACACACUCAGAUCCUCUCCUGCUGCAAGUGGGUGUGAUUCCAAUGAUUUCAGUGGAGCUGUGCCAGUUUACAGUCACAGAAAAUGUGUUUUUGUGGCUCAUUUUGGUUUUCCUGGCUCAGCCAGAACUUACACAAAUGUUUGGGUUGUAUUGUGGAAGUCAGGGGAUGUGUUGAGUUCACAGGGAAUGCAGGAUUGAGUCCUUGCAAGGAGGGAUUGUCAUAGGGGAUGAGCCGCCAGUCACCUCUGUCCAUUAAAGGAAAACUUCCUGAGCUGUCUCUCCCCUUGCUCCUGGGGGUUUGACACCUAAAAAGUAGGAUGGACAAGCCUAUACAACCUUUUGGCUCCUCAGCUGAUCAUCAGGGACAUGUGCUGAGUUUGGAGUAGAAACAUCUAGCGAGGAAAUUCAUUCCUGAUGGGACUUCAGGAAUGAGUCUAAACUGUGGUAUCCCAGCAUUUUGUACACGACUGCUCCCAUUGGCAGCAGUGCAAGGACCACAUUUGUAUCAUGCAAAGGUCAGUUGUUCAAGGGUUGUUGCAAACGAUAUGCAAGCAACAUAUCAAAGGACUUUCUUUCGUAUCCCAUUGCAGAUCUGUGCCCAUAUGUGAUCCUUGCACCUUUGCCAGAAUGAACGUUGGGUAAAGAAUAAGUGACUAAACAGUAGAGAAGAACAGAAUCUCCACAUUGUGGAGCCUUAUUCCCUCCACAUUGUGCCGUCACUUACACUUGUGCGAACUUACACCCUGUUCUGAUGUAAUGCGGCAGUGGUGCGAAGGGCAGCACAGGGUGUGAUGUGGUGGAAAAAUGAGGCUCCAGGAAGGUCUUGGACAGAACUGACAGGUGGCUUCCCUCGUCCAUUCUGUAAGACGUUUGCAAAAGCCUGUUAACAAGUGAAACAUCCUUUUUCUGUAUCACUUAUGAUGGGUGAUACCUGGGGUGACCGUGUAUCAUAUGGGCAUGUGAGCUCGGUUCCUGCAUUUCUGCCACUUGUGCCAGCACCUAGACCCAGGUCCAGGAACCUCUGAGUGUCCAUUUGACUUGGGCACUCGUGGUUAGGAGCUGGACUUAGAACUUCUGGUCCACAGGAGGGGGCAUGUCUGCAAUUAUAUCCCCCCUCCCCCCGAGCCUGUUUGGAGUUGGAUGAUGGGGACUGCUGCUCAGAAUGAUCAGCUGCCUACUACAGAGAACUCUGUUGGAAAAGCUCUUACGAAAUGGAUGAGCAAACACUGAGCCUUCUUGGAGACUGAGGGGAGUGUGAACCCCAACCUCUCUUUUAUAGAUAUAUUUAUUUUGUAUUUUUGUAAGGAUUUAGCUGGAGUUAACAUUCCUGGAUUUCUCAGUUAUCCAAGGAAGCCAGGAUUCUGUUGGCUACAGUGAGUUAAUUUAUCUAUCAACAUCAGGUUUCAUCAUCUAAGAGCCAAGGGACAGAAACUUUAAUGCACUGGUAACGCCGAACAACUACAACUUCCGGUCUAGAUUCAGGAAAACACAUCAGGACAGCCCAUAGGCACAUGCUCAACUUUCAGCACUUGCUAAAGUCUCCUUGGAGUCUGCAGGAUUUAAACACAUCUUUAAAUGCUGACUUGCAGCAGGGCAGUCCUAAGCAUGUGCUUUAAAUACUUCCAUGCACAAGGGCCUAAACAAAACAAAAAAAAUCAAGGUUCGUGUUCUACUUUCACUAGGGUAGCUCCACAGCCUUCAGCAGAGCAUGCAACAAGCUAAAUUCUUUCCUGUCAAAGCUGCAGGUGUAAAAGACAAUCUAGCGAACAGGCUGUGUGCCUUUCCAUAGCACUGACUGCU